UCGAGGACGUGUCUGUUGGAUGCAGACAGGACUGCAGCGACGCGACCUGGUUAUAGCCUACGUGUAAUUAUGGCUUCUGAAGUUACACCGGGAGUCAAUUUGAAAGAAGCAGAGGAACUGGCCCUCUCUCUGAGUGAAGCCCUCAGCAGCGGGGACGGGCAGGAAGCAGUCAGGCUGUGCCAGAAACUGUCACAACUCUAUGUUCCAGUGUCUGUCAGCAUCAACAGUCAGGCCUACCCUCAGGACUCCAUAAGGUUGUGGGUUGGAGUGGAGGAUGGUCAGUCAGAUACCUACAUCCCAGUAACCAUUGUGGUCUCUUGUGACAUGACAAUUGCACAACUUAAAGAAAAGAUCAGCCACGACUUUGGGUUCUCCCCCACGCUGCAGCGCUGGGUGAUAGGGAAGCGGCUGGCUCAGGACCGGGAGACGUUGUACAGCCACGGUGUCCGUCAGAGUGGAGACAAGGCGUUCCUGUUCAUCCUCUCCGCCCAUGCUGCUCAUCUCACACGGCAGCAACACAAACUGGACCAGGAGCAACAACGCAUAGAGGGCAUUGUGGAGUCCAUGGAGUCUAUGCAGCUUUUACCCAGAGGGCUGGGCGGAGGUGGUGGUGAGAAGACAGCUCCUCCGCCAGACACUGAACAAGCUCCUCCUCCUCCUCUUCUUCCUAAACCCCCAACUAGGACUAAACCUGCUGUGCUUCCUAAACCUCAGUUGGGCUGGGCCUGUGCUAUGUGUACGUUCGUGAAUAAACCAACGCGUCCAGGCUGUGAGAUGUGUGGAGGGGACAGGCCAGAGGAUUAUGAGGUGCCUAACAUCUACCAGCCAGACCAGGAGGAGGUUCUCCGAAUUCAGCAGGAACAACUGGCCAUGUUGCAGUAUGAACAGGCUCAGAAGGAGGAACGAGAGAGGAACUACCUGUACUUGUUGGCAACAGAAGACCAGAACCUUAUCCUCAAUACCACAGAGACAGACUGUCCCAUCUGCUUCUCUACCCUGCUGCCAGAAGAGGGCGUCGUGCUCAGGGAGUGUCUACACACUUUCUGCAGGGAGUGUCUAAAAGGGACAAUAGUGAACAGUCAAGAUGCUGAGGUGUCCUGUCCUGACAAAUGUGAGAGCAAGCUACUGGACAGAGAGAUCCAAGCGCUGCUCACAGAAGAGGAGCACCAGCGGUUUCUGGAGUUGCGUCUGAGCAUUGCAGAAAGCCGCUCGGAGCACAGCUUCCACUGUCAGACUCCGAACUGUCGAGGGUGGUGCAUCUACGAGGAUGAAGUCAAUGAGUUCCACUGUGAACUCUGCGAUGAAACCAACUGCAUUCUCUGCAGGGCAAUCCAUAAUGGCAUGAAUUGUAAGGACUACCAGGAUGACCUGCGCAUCCGAGCAGAGAACGACCAGGCGGCUCAGCAAACUAAGCAGAUGCUAGAGAACCUGCUACAGAAUGGAGAGGCCAUGAAAUGUCCGCGGUGUGACAUCAUUGUCCAGAAAAAAGAUGGUUGUGAUUGGAUCUGCUGUUUGAUGUGCAGGACAGAAAUCUGCUGGGUCACCAAACAAGCUCGCUGGGGACCAAAUGGCAGCGGCGACAUAUCUGGGGGCUGUAAAUGCAGAGUGAAUAAUCAGCCUUGCCAUCCCAACUGCCAAAAUUGCCACUGAGGCAAGCACACUAAUGAACACACAUACACAGCUGCAAGCGCUUGCACUGUCUGAAGAAACGCAGACCUCAGUCAUUGCAUAUGCUGCUAGCUUAAUGCUGGCUAUAUUAAUGUGUUCUUUCGAUUUAUUUUACUCAGUUUUAGUCUUGGUUUCAAUGGUAUAGUCACUGAGACACAUCUACAAAAAUAUGAUAUACACAAGAUAUACAACCUGCCAGCUAUUGUACAUCUCUGCAGCCAAGGAUAAUUACUGUCAGUGUUAUAAUGAUACAAAUAUGACGAAUUAAUGCUUAAUAUAUGGUUUGACCUCUGGCUACUACUUUAAUGCAUUUUGAUGAGCCAGCAAUUAUAAGUGUUUACUUAAGUAAUGAGUAAUUGAUCAAAGACCAUUAAAAAAAUAAAUAAAAUACAGUAAAUAAAAAUGUCACUCAAAAGCUAACAAUUACAUGAAUAUGGAAUUGUUCUUCCCGUGUGUAGUACGGCUACAACUCAUUAACUAGAACUGACAAUAACUUCAUAAUUUAUGAAUGAUUAAAAGUGGAGUAAGCGAUUUGGAGAAAUUCCAGACCAUGACAAAUACCAUGAUAUAUAACAAAUAAAGUAGCUAAUGUUAGCAAAGUUGUAGGUUAGCAAACUGUUACUAAAGUUUCUGGUGCAAAGCUAACAUGCAAAGAGGACGAGAUAGCCCCAGAGUCAACACACCAGAUCCAGACGGUGGUACAACUUUCCUGCUAAAACAGCAUGUCUUGGAGAACUAGAAAGAAAGCUGAAUGUCAGUGGGCAAGUCAUCUAACGUUACCUGAUGCACAAAUCAUGGUUGGAACUGCUGGAUAGUGUUGUGUCGAUCAGUCCGAGCCACUUUGUUUCCCAUUUAGAGAGUCAGGUCUGUGUAGAAACACCAGAUGUUCAGUGCACACACAUAACGGACAGCGAGCGGCCGUGAGGAGAGAUCCGCCGAAUUUGACAAAAAUAAUUCUAUUUGAUUAGAAUCGUUUACCGCAUCUUUUAAUGGUUUGUUUUCCCAAAUGAUCAUCUAGACUGAUCAUCAAACACCAGAACUAAAGUGUUUUAUAUCCUUUAAAUGUUUGUUGUUUUAGCUUGAUAAGUGACCAAAAUGAUAAAUGUUAUAAGAAUUAUGACAGCAAUAGGUUUUCUUUCAGUCGACUAAUCAGACUGUGGUGAAGGAUGUUUUAAGUGUUUACAUUGAAUGAAUGUGCUCAACCAAGCUGCUCUGAUGCACUUAAUAACUUAGUAUCAGGAUGAAAUAUGUUGUUAUGGACAAAUGCUGGAUUAUUCAGGUAUUCAAGAUUUUAUCUUUAUGUCUUAAUAACUAUAUUAACCUAUGUACAGAAACAUUCAAUUUUGUUUAUGUCUUGUAACUAUGAAGUUUGGUGGGUUUCACUUGGGUGUUUUUUAAAGUGACAUGCCUUAACUCCAAAGCAUAAUAGCUAAAGAUGGUAAUAUAAGCCUGACAACGAAUAGUUCAGUCUGAAUAAAGUUUAGUCAAUGUA